CAAUUACCAUAAAUUAACAGUGUUGUUUAAAUUUCAACAUAUAAGACGCUCGAAAAUGACAUACUUCCUUAAAAUGAGGACGUUUACAACAUUGGAUACUUCCUGUACCAUGCUAUAUAAGAUUGACGCAAUGUCCGGGAUACGACCACUCCACCAUGGAUAAUUUGGUAGUGAUCGCGAGCGUCCUUGUAUUCAGCGGGAUCACCAGCGCAAUCAAUGUCACAGUGUCGGAUCUCCGGUCAGGACAAUUCCUGACGCGCUGCGUCACACGACAUGCCGACUUCAUGAAUAUCACCUGUCCCAGCCACAAAGUGAUGCUGGCACCUAAACUCAUAGCUGGGUACUCAGACAGCAGCAAGUGCGUUUUUAAUGGAAAUGAUUGUCUGGGAAUGAGUAAAUCACUGGAAAGGGAGACUCAAGCAUGCGCAAACCAAGAGACUUGUUCUAUAAAUUUACGAAGAAUUCUGGAGACACUUGUUCCCUUACCGGGACAGAGAAAAAUAUGCAAGGGGAAACCGUUGACAUAUGUGUCUGUCAUUCCCCCAAAAUGUGUCGAUAAAGGUACCAUACACGACAUGUGUUCGGGAAACGAAGCCCUACCCAUUAACCCCGACAGUGGUAUUAUCAGUAGCUACAACAACCCUGGACGAACCAUUAACACACCAUGCAUUAGACGUUUUGGGAGUACGAGUGACGUCAUUAGGUUAUCACUCAACUUUUUGGACAUUCAAAUUGGACUUAAAAAUCGACCUAGAGUAGUCUGGACCUCAGAGAGCGGGGAAUUAAGAAAGAAAACAUUUAAAAAACUCGCUACUUUUUCCGAAAAGGGUUCCAAAUUUGAGAUAAAAUGGCGCCCACAAAACACUGACACAACACGUGAAGGCUGUGUUGUAUACUAUAAUGUGAAAGUUAUUGGAAAAUCGACGCAAGGAAACCUUCGCUUAGCGAGUGACCAACCGUCGCAGACUCCAACGCAUUAUCUCGUACAAGCAACGUUGAAGACUAGCAUGACAUGGAAUGACAAGCAAUCCAUUUCGAUGUCCUGUCCUCGAGGCAAAGUUAUAUACGCCCCGGAUGUAACCGUCACCAGCAGUAGAUAUACCGGAUGUGAGGGACUUUCUCCGCACCUUCUCGUGCAGCGUAACGAGUGCUACUGGCGUAGAAAUUGUACAAUGGAAUGGCGAGGACCAGCAUUCCUUACAAUGACGUCAUCAGCUCGCUGUUUUGGCCGUGUUGCUGACAUCUUUAAAAGCAGAGGCUUCAAAUGUGAAAAGGAAGGCAACAUUAUUAACAUUUGUGACACCAGAGUAGCAAAAUUGCCGACCGGUAUUGUCCGCAGCCACGGCAAAUAUCCCUGGCACUACCCCAGAGUGAACAAAAGAUGCCGACAGCGGAUUAGGAUAGGACGUGGCCGACAGCUGACCCUCCAACUGGACGACGUCGACAUAGACGAUGAAAGGGACACCUUCUUCCUAAGACAUAUCAGGAAAGGGCGAAAAACGACCAUUUUAUUCAGAGGCAAUGAUGGGAACAUGUCGAAAACUUUGUCAGGAGGUACCGUAGAGAUUACCUUCUCGACAAAACGUCGAUCCAAGGCAGGGUCGGGAUUUAUACUCCAUUAUGAACGAACGUCUAAAAAUAGAAAAAAGGUUAGGAGUGGCGAAAGAAACAAGCGACGUUCGAGAGGGACCGGUACAGCAAAGACAUUACCGUGAUGAUGACGGUGACUAUGAGAGAACGUGAAGUAUAUGUAUUAAAUUCAGGACUGCUUCCAGUUGGCAUUGAUAGUAAUUCACCCUGGAAAGGACAAUUUCUAUUUCCAUAAGCAUUUUAUUGCUUCAAUAUAUGUACUGUAGAAUGAAAAUGACUUCGCUGUAGAAAAGUUUGGUUUUUCGUGUACGGAAUCGGUGACACACACACAGAAACACUAAACACUUUAUUGCAUAAGCAUUGCCAACAUAAACGGGACUGCAUCUCGAAUAUUUUUGUAGAGCCACAACUUGAACUCUUUUGUCAACAACAAUAAUACAUAUAUUUAUAAUUCCAUAAAUAGUCAUACACAAUCGAUACGGACAUUGCAAGAAAAAUACUACAUUUAUAAGUAUGUCACAACCGUACAACGCGGUGGCAGAAUGUUUAAGGCGUCCGACGGUCCUCAUUACUAUAGCCCUCCACCACUGGGUCGCGGGUUCGAGGCCUACGUGGGGCAGUCGCCAACUACUGGCCGCAGAUCGGUGGAUUUCUCCGAAAACUCCGGCUUUUCUCGACCUCAAUACCUGGCACCUCCUUAAAUAUUUAUAAGACGAGACAAACAAAACAGAACAAACAAAUAACAGCCGAAAUCGACAGGUUAAAAGUAAUAGUAUGAUGAUUUCACCACAAAAGUACAGAUAGACAUAUUAAACAGUGGUACAAACGUUAUCACAGUAUAUCUAUAUUUAAUAACGGUAGUACAUCACAACUUCCAAAUUUGAUUUUCAAACUUUUUAGGAUUUUUUUUCGAAAUAUUGGUGUCGGAAAACGACAAUAUCAUAAGAUUGGUAUACGUAUGUCACAGUCGGACAAGAUUUGCUUACAGCAAUACAGUAGAUAACCAUGUAUGUAAGAGUUAUAAAUGACCGUCUCACAACAGACUAUGUACAGAACUUACACCAAUAAUAAUAUAUAUUACUUGUAACAGGUUAUUGAUUUUUUAUCUCGCACUUUUUAGUUCGAAAAAAAAUCAAUUUCGCUAAAGACUACAAGCGUCCCGUCUCGGGCCUCAAAUACAUAUGGCCUCUACACUCCUAAAGUUACAUUUGAAUGCUUCCGUGUAAAAUAUUGUCCGCCCUAACAAAGAAGACAAUUCAUUUCACAGUGUAGAUUCUAUUUAAUCGAGAACAUCAGGAAUCUAACAACAUCAAAAUAAUACUUUUAACGACAAAACAGAAUAUUUCUAAUGAACAUUAUCAAUUUCGAGCAUUAAACGCGCAGAUGCUUAAAUCGCUGCGUAAAAGUUCCGCGAAAUGUCGCAUAUAGGUACUAGACAAAUAAGACGAGAUGGAAAAAAAUCUAGCAUGGGGUAUGACGUGGGAUAUCUCUAUCUGAGGUGUGAGAAUACGAAUAUCAUAGACCCCGAACGUCCGUGUACACUCCUGUUUUGAAUGUUGCGUUUCGCGGGACAGUAUAUGUUUCAUUUCACUGAGGUACCAUUUUAAAUAUUGACUGAUGUCUACAUGUAGACGUUUAAAGAGACACUUGGUGUUUUCUCAUUUUUUUAAUGAUAUAUUUUCUUUUUGCACAUUAGCAGUAUGUAUUUUUUGUGUGUGGUUAUUUAUACGAUUACGUAGCAUAACUGUUCUCACAAAAAUACAUACUUUUAUAAAGGUUGUAUAAGAUGUUGUUGUCGCUCUUGCUGCUUCUAUAAUAAUAAUAAGAAAAUCAUUAAUGGAUAUUACACUGUAGACAUAUAGAUUAUGACAUUGGCUCUGACUGGAUAAAUGUAUGCCUUUUAUAAAUCCUUCUGUGUUCUGUAUACACAAACAUGUGCAAUAGCUAUAUUUUGUCUCUGCAUUUAUCUGUCGACACACAAUAACAUUUUUGUUUUGAUCAAGACACAUAUCAUUGUGUUAUGUAUGCUUGUUUUACGACGAUUGUAAAGAGGAUGAAGAUGUUAGUGUUUGUGUAUUCGAUAGAGAUACAUUGUAUAUUAGAUGUAACAGAAGGCUGUCCGCAAUUACAUCAAUCAUACAUCACAAUUCCACAGGUACUUCAAUAUGUGUUCAAUUACAUGAUAUCGACUUCCCUACAUUUGUUAUUUAUAUGAAAUAUCCACAUGUGUUUAUAUCGGAGCGGCAUUAUUUGUAAACUUUAAGUAUUUGAAACUUACACUGUAGUGAUUUAUGAUUUAAAAUAGGAACCAUACACAUUUAUAUAUGUAUUUUCAAAUAUGGUGUGUAGGUGUAGUUUUGCAUUUGUGCAUACAACUGAGAAUUAUCGAAAGGAAAUAAUGCACGACUAUUUGGAUGAUUCUUCUAAUUUGUGUUAAUUUAUUAAUUUAUUCAAAACACAUGCAAAUGAAUAAUCGAAUAUUGUAUCAAAUAAAAAAAAAAAAUGUC